GAAUAACAAAAAAAAACACGCGAUCAAGAGAAAAACAAGACACACACUCACGAACAGCGGAUAGACGCAACACAAACGCGGCGCGCGUGCUGCUGCAGACCCGAAGAGCUGUACGCAGCGCAGAGGCGCACCAUGCCUUGUGCGGACGGUGAGCUGUGCCACCACCCAGACAAGACGCCGCAAGCCCCUCAUGGCCACGUCUGUCAUGGAGGAUGUGGCGGGCGGCUACUGCGGCAGCAUGGUUGGCGACAUCGAAACAAGGCGAAUCUGCUGCUCGUGUGUCGCAAGAGCUGGCAAGCGCAAAGAGAUACCAGCUGAGGGUGCUGAGGGUGCUGGGGCGGGACCAUCUCAACGCCCGACGAAGAAGAAAGGGGGGAGCGUGAAGGCUUCGUGUGGUGCUCGUGCGCGGGUGGAUAUCAACGGGAAGCUUGAUGACAUCCUCAAACUGAUCGAUGCCAAGGUCUCCUACGCGCAGAUCGCAGACCGCUUCAAGUGCUCUGUGCGGUUUCUUGCGACGGUGAAGUCUGACCGGAAGAAGAUCGAGGCGGCAGCUGCUGCAGGUGCCGGCAGCCAGAAAACUGCACGCAAAGCAGAGUUUCAGGAGGUGCCUGCUACAGUGCAGGGAGGCUUCAUACCGCCGGUAUAUGCCGGAGGCAUGCCUCUGGUAUGGAAAACUUACCGAAGCGUCCGAGAUGACACGAGCACGACCAUACUGGACGGCCGGUCCUUAGCUUACACAUGCAACCUCUCCACAGGAGAAACCAAGGUCACUGUAUACGAGGACCAGGAAUGGUCAGACUUUUAUCUGUCAACUGGUGGCACUGGUUCUUGUUCUGUUGCCGACAUAUUCGACGAUGACGAUGGUGACGUGUGUCUCGAGGAGGAAGCCUGCUCUUCCAACGAAACCUGCACAGACGACGAGCCGAUUGCAAUCUCGCCCAAUGCCUUCAAUGUGGUCGCUGCACGGUACUCCGACGACAAGUGCACAGUUCCUACUGGUGUGGAUCAUGUCGUAUCGGGGUGCGAUGUCAGUGCCUCUGGGUUUUCGACCGAGGGAUGUUUCCACCAGAAUCGGAUCCAGAGGGAAGUGCAACUUGAAUACCAUACCAACUUCACUCCCCACAUGUCAUCGGGGCCAGACAUGCGCCGAAUGGCGGACGCUGCAGACUCGUGCUACCUGGUUGGCGACUACUAUCACAGGUAA